ACAGGGUCCAGGCUAAAUAGACUAAUGAAUAACAACAUGUAUUUAUAGAUUACAGAACGUGUAACCUAUUAACAGACCCCUUUUGGAUGGUUUCCAACACUUGGCGAUGUGGGAUCCGUCGGUUCUCUGCGGUUGUUAAAGUGUAUUUCCUAGGUCGCCCUCCGUAUAUCACUGUAUUGACGUGUUGUUAGCAAAUGGGAGCAGAAGGGCCGAUCCUUCGCCUGAAGAGGUCAUUCUGACUACAGGGCUGAUCCUGUGCCUGAAGAGGUCAUUCUGAUUACAGUUGCCACUUCUUGCCAAAAACUUCAGGGUUUAUAGACUCGAUCACUGCGACUACAUUUAUAAACAUUAUUCUGUUUGCUUCAAUCGAGACACGGAUCCCGAUGUUCAAUCAGGAUUCAGGAAUACUUCCACAUCUAACAUUGAAAGGAGAUACUUUGUGAACGGUUUGAUAUUUCGGUCUGAUCUGACUAGCGAAGCAUGGUUGAUAACACCAGUUUAGCAACUAAAUCUGCUUUGCAAGCAGCGUUCUCCUCGGCCUGCAACCUCCCCCUGCUCGUCUCCUCUGCCUCGACACACAGCCACUUCCCCGGUUCACACUCACAGUCCCACCAGCCCAACGGCGGAGGCAUGAAGCUAGAGGCGGUCAUGGAAAACCUCCAAAGACAGCAGGCUGCCCGCCUUGCGCUACAAGAGAAGCUCCGUCAGGCCGAGAAAGAGAAGGACCGCUCCAUGGUCGAGUCCCAGAUCCACCAACAAGCCCUGGCCUUCCGCCACUACCAGGCAGCGGUCCGGGGCGCUUUCGCUGCGGGAAUAGCGAACUCUUCUCUCGGGUUGGCGAGCUCCGCUGAACGGGAACUGGCUCUCCCUCACAGUCUUGACGCUCACAGGCACACGGCCAAAGCCGACUACUCCGAUAUGGACGAUGAUCCAGAGGGCAUGGACCGAGGUAUGGAUGAUCACGACCGGGAUCUGGAUGGAGAUGACAUGGACAACGAGGGAAUUGUGGACGAUGAGGAGGACAUGGAGGGGUCUCUAAGCCACUACCAGCCCCGCCACCCCAUGCACUCCGGGGCGGGAGACUCGCCAAAAGACACCCUUGUACAUCUCAUGUCCAGAAGCCCUCCGUCUUUCGCUGCGCCCCGGCAGUCAAAGACCCCGGGCGGGAAGGCACCACAGUCUCAGCAACACGAAUGGACUUACGACGAGCAAUUCAAACAGUCAGGACAAGGUUCGCCAGAGAGGAAGCUGGGAAGUGUCGGUAUUGGUGGCGGCUCCUCGUCUCUGAUUCAGGAGUUGUACGAGUUGGAUGAGGAUGUCAAGAGGAAAGACUUUCUCGAUGACCUCUUCAGUUUUAUGCAGAAGAGAGGGACUCCAGUGAAUCGUAUUCCAAUCAUGGCCAAGCAGGUGUUGGAUCUGUACACGCUCUACAAGCUGGUCACAGAAAAAGGCGGCUUAGUGGAGGUCAUCAAUAAGAAAAUAUGGCGUGAGAUCACCAAAGGCCUCAACCUCCCUACCUCCAUCACCAGUGCAGCUUUCACCCUGCGAACACAGUAUAUGAAGUACCUCUACCCUUACGAAUGUGAAAAGAGGGGUCUGAGCUCCCCCGGAGAGCUCCAGGCAGCUAUCGACAGUAACCGCCGCGAGGGGCGUCGUCAGAGCUACGGGUCGGCCCUCUUUAACUACUCUCCAGCGGGGACUCCCUCCGUCCUCUCCUCCCCCAAGAUAAGCAUGUCUCAUCUGGCCAUGUCCACCUACAACGGAGUACACCUGACCCAGGGACACAACAUCAAGAAAGAGGAUGGCCUGAUGUCGGGAGGUCUGCCGGGCCGUGUUGGGGAGAUGCCCAUGUGUCUGGGAGGGCACCACGGGGCGGCUGCAGGACAGGCGGCUGCAGCGGUGCAGGCUGCAGCGUUGGAGCAGCUGAGAGAGAAGUCGGAGAGCGGGGAGCCGCCUGAGAAGAAGAGGACGUUGAUGGAUCAACAGAGACUCGUGCAGCAUGCUCUUCAGCAGAACCUCCUCGCCAUGGCAACACGACUGCCCAUGAACAUCGAGUUAAACAACAGAGGUGAGAGGAUCAGAGAUGAUAGACAAGAGACUCCAUUGAACCUGUCUACCAGCGGCAUUAGCAGCAUCAACAUGUCGAUAGAAAUAAAUGGAGUUGUCUACACAGGUGUUCUGUUUGCCAAGAAGCCCUCCCUUCCCAUGAUGCUGGGUGGUCACCAGAACCACACCUCCUCUCAGGGAAAGACCAGUCUGGGGCUGAACUACUCCUGCGUACAGAUCCAACCGUCCUGCUCCUCCUCUUCCUCCACGUCCUCCACAUCCUCGGUCCACGGACCCGGAAACUCCUCCCCCUGAUCUGAGUCCCACCCACAGCCCCACCAACUCACUCUAAACCUCGCCCCUAUCCUCCCCCAAAGACAGCACGCGGUCUGAGAUACCAGGAGAAAUGACUUCUGUUGUUUUCCCCCCCUCCUCAUCCCCUGUUUCUGUAUUUCCCUUAUCCCAGUUAAAAUAAUAAUAAAAAAAUAUUUACAGAGGAAAUACUUCCGCAAGAAAAGAACAAGAAAAUGCUCUCCUUCUAUUCUCUCUCCUCCUUCCUCCGAUCUCUGAAUAGCAAUGGUAUGUAGAGGACCUCUGAACCCUGUGUGUAUGUAGAGGACCUCUGAACCCUGUGUGUAUGUAGAGGACCUCUGAACCCUGUGUGUAUGUAGAGGACCUCUGAACCAUGUGUGUAUGUAGAGGACCUCUGUACCCAAUGGUAUGUAGAAGACCUCUGAACCCAAUGGUAUGUAGAGGACCUCUGCACCCAAUGGUAUGUAGAGGACCUCUGAUCCCAAUUGUAUGCAGAGGACCUCUGAUCCCAAUUGUAUGCAGAGGACCUCUGAUCCCAAUGGUAUGCAGAGGACCUCUGAUCCCAAUGGUAUGCAGAGGACCUCUGCACCCUGUGUGUAUGCAGAGGACCUCUGAACCCAAUGUUAUGCAGAGGACCUCUGAUCCCAAUGGUAUGCAGAGGACCUCUGAACCCUGUCUGUAUGCAGAUGAAGUCAGCUGUCUUUCUGUCCUGUGUGUUUCCUUUCGAAGUCAGCUGUCUUUCUGUCCUGUGUGUUUCCAGUCGAAGUCAGCUGUCUUUCUGUCCUGUGUGUAUACAGUCGAAGUCGGCUGUCUUUCUGUCCUGUGUGUUUCCAGUCGAAGUCGGCUGUCUUUGUGUUUUUUCCUGACACCAGCUGCUCCGUUUGUGAGCAGUGUUAACAUAUAGGCACAGAUUAUAUGGUGACACAUCAUCGGACCCAAGGAACUGUGGGACAAAGACACUGGGAGACAUGUUGGCUUUCUGUUUGUUUCCGCCAUCAGAAGAAGAGGAGAUGUUUGAAGCGCUUGUCAAUGUGUAGUGAGGUUUGUUUGUGACCUCUUCUAGGUAUUAUAGCUCUUAUUAGUGCUGCUUUUCCCCUGAUAACCAAAAUACAAACAAGAGUAUCCAAUGAAAAGAAAGUAGAAGCAUAGUAAACUAUAGUAUGCACAGCACAGCUACAAUAGUGGGCUGGACAGUAGUCACCGAUUGAGACGCUAUUAGCGCGCACCACCGCUAACUAGCUAGCCAUUUCACAUCGGAUAC